AUUAUAAAUGAUAAAAAAUCAUUCUCAUAUGCUUAUCAAUGGCGGACUGAUUUUCAGUGCCAAAUUAAUUAAUUUCACGAAUCUUGGAAGCUUUUGUCGAGACUGUGCAGGCCGCUGAAAGACUAUUGUAUUUGCUUUGUUUGAGCCUUUCAUUUUACCAAUUUGUUGAGAAGAGACGACAUAAAGAGAGAGAUGGAGGAAAUUGGGUUUUUGGGGCUCGGAAUAAUGGGCAAAGCCAUGUCUAUGAACUUGCUCAGCCAUGGCUUUAAGGUUACUGUAUGGAACCGCACUCUCUCGCGGUGUGACGAGUUGCUUGAGCAUGGAGCAACUAUCGGAGAAACUCCUGCAGCGGUAAUUAAGAAAUGCAAGUACACCAUAGCAAUGUUGUCUGAUCCUGCUGCAGCUCUAUCGGUGGUUUUUGAUAAAGAUGGCGUGCUGGAGCAAAUUGGUUCUGGGAAAAACUACAUUGACAUGUCAACUGUUGAUGCAGAGACUUCGUCAAAAAUUAGCGAGGCAAUUACGUCAAAGGGUGGUUGCUUCCUGGAAGCUCCAGUAUCGGGUAGCAAAAAGCCUGCUGAGGAUGGUCAACUAGUAAUCCUUGCUGCUGGAGAAAAGGCAUUAUAUGAUGCUGCCCUGCCUGUAUUCGACGUAUUGGGGAAAAAAUCUUUUUAUCUGGGGCAAGUUGGCAAUGGAGCUAAAAUGAAGCUUGUUGUCAACAUGACUAUGGGCAGUAUGAUGAAUGCAUUUUCUGAGGGGAUUGUCUUGGCCGACAAAAGUGGACUGGACCCUCAAACUCUUCUUGAUGUAUUGGAUCUUGGUGCUAUCGCAAACCCCAUGUUCAAAAUGAAGGGACCGUCUAUGAUCCAGGGUAAGUACCCCCCUGCCUUCCCUCUGAAACAUCAGCAGAAAGAUAUGAGGUUAGCUCUCGCCCUUGGGGACGAACACUCAGUUGCGAUGCCAGUGGCAGCUGCUGCUAAUGAGGCAUUCAAAAAGGCUAGAAGCAUUGGACUAGGCGACCUUGACUUCUCUGCUGUGCACGAGACUAUUGCUUCUAACAAAGGCUCAUCAUGAUUCUACUAUGUAAAAUCUGCAUACGCCUCAAACGUCGCUGCUGUUGGUUUUUUCGUGUCAUCGUGGAAUGUCUUGCAGAAUGUCUGGCAAUGCUUAGAAGCAGAAAUUUGAAGCAGUGAUCACGUUACUACUGAUGUAUGCAGUUAAUCAAUUUAAGAUUAAGAUGAUGGAAACAUUUGAUAUUGCUUUGAUAUAUCAAGAGGAGCUUCUUGAGAAA